AAGCCAUUCUAUUGAUUUCUGCUCAUUGGAAUAAAAUAGAAACUAUGCAAAGAUUUCGUCCACUUGGAUCACAACCAACACUACAAGCUCAUGAAAGAGGCAUAUGGUGUUUAUCUCAUAGAGACGAGCAGAAUUGUACACCACCUUUAUUAGCAACAGGUGAUGAAGAAGGAUUGAUCAAGUUAUGGAAACCUCCACUUCAAGAAGAGACGGAUAGGGAUGCCGUUGUGGAAGAAUGGAAGACGUUACAAGGACACUCUUUUGCUAUUAUUUCUGUUGCUUUUCAACCUAAAGGAGAUCUUUUAGCUUCUUCUUCAUUGGAUGGAACUAUUCGUCUAUGGCAAUCAAGUAGUGGUCACUUACAACGUACGAUAGAUGUGAAUAUUGCUGAAGCUUGGGAUUUGGCUUUUGAUCCUCAAGGAAAAGUAAUCGUAUCUGGUGGACAUAGCGGUGUAGUCUCUAUUUGGGAUGUGGAAACGGGAAGUUUACAAAAGAGUUUAGAAACGGAAAGCAACAACAAGUUUAUAUUUGCCGUAGCUUUUAGUCCCGAUGGCAAGUGGUUGGUUUGUAGUACAAGUGAUGGUACUAUACAAGUAUUUGAUUGGAUGACUCAAAGUAGGUUGAAGACUUUGAAAGGACAGAAACUAUUUGUACGAUCCUUGUGCUUUUCUCCUACAGCUCCUUAUUUGUUAUUUGCUGCUUGUGAUGAUAAAUUGAUUCAUAUAUAUGAUGUAGAACAUGGAGAAAUGGUUGCUAGUCUUCGUGGACAUCAAGAAGGAGUCAAUGUAGUGGAUGUAUCAUCGAAUCAUGGACAUUUUAUGGCUAGUGGUUCAGUCGAUCGGUCUGUCAAGAUAUGGGAUUGUAGGCAACGAGAAAGUAUUUAUUUUCAUGACUUGCACAAAGAACAAGUUUGGGGAGUUGAGUUUUGUGUAGAAUCCAGUCGUUUAAUAUCUGUAGGAGAUGAUGGCAUUAUGGUUUGUGUGGAUUGUAGUGCAGCUGAUGUAGUUGUCAGUUGAUUCUAAUUGGAAAUAGCGUGAUUUGAA